AGAUGGCAGUGUGAUGGAGGAACCGUCAGUUUGACAUGAAUUAGACUUCGAAAUUGAGUUUUACAUGUUUUGAUACUAUUUAUAUACAUUUAUAGCGACGCUAAGCUAUAAAUAAUAUGGCACGUCUUAAACAUAUAUUAUCACACCAGCAGUGUUGACGUGAAUAAAUCUAACGCCAUCAUUUCCCGCCUCUUGUAUUGGUGCGAGCAGGUGCGAGUGUCAAAUACGUGAAAAAUGGCGGAAAGCUCAACCUCCACGAUGACUUCCACAUCUAAAGAAGAAUCUGUUGAAGAAGAUCCUAACGUUGUUACGAUGGUAGACGUAUUAAAGGAAGAACAGGAGUUAGAAGAUGAUGCGAAAGCUGUUUUAGGCGCAUCAGAUGACCAGAAUUGCACAUAUUCACAGGGUUACGUGAAAAGACAAGCACUAUAUGCAUGUAUGACAUGCAUACCCUUGUCAGAUGAUAGCUUGAAACCUGGUGGCAUUUGUCUGGCAUGCAGUUACUACUGUCACGAGGGACACGAACUGGUUGAACUCUACACAAAGAGGAAUUUCAGAUGUGACUGUGGAAAUAGUAGAUUUACAAACAACAAGUGUAACCUUGAACCAAACAAAAGUGCCGUGAAUGAGCUAAACAGCUACAACCAAAACUUCCGUGGAGUGUAUUGUACUUGCAGUCGCCCAUAUCCUGAUCCUGAAGAUGUAAUUGAUGAUGAAAUGAUUAAGUGUGUUGUAUGUGAAGACUGGUACCAUGGAAGGCAUUUGGGAAGCAACGUGCCUACACUUCAUGACUAUGGUGAGAUGGUUUGUGGGUCAUGUAUGGAGAAGCAUACAUUCUUAUGGCAAUAUAAGAGAGAGAUACCUGAUCAAGAUGGCGUGAUAAAAGUGGAAGUCUGCAAUGGAAAAGCGGACGCUGGGGAAAAUGUAAAUGAGAUUAAAAUUGAGGACACCAGAAGUAAAAUAAUGAAAACUGAGGACAGAGGAUGUUUGCUGAAGGAACUGAACCCAGUUGUUGGACAUGGAGCAGUAUUCUUCUCAGAUGGCUGGAGAAAAUAUUUGUGCAGAUGUGAUUCAUGUCAG